AUGAAGAAAUUGAAUAUUUGGAUGGUCAUCAGCGUGAGAUACCGAGUCUUUGAUCAAUCGGGCAAGCUACCUUUCAGCAUUGUCUUUGGUAUCUGUCGUCGUUCACCAGAUGAUACUGAUCCUCGACCUAUACGCUUACGUACAAGACAAACGAUUCUUGAUGUUCCUUAUGCACUCUCCAACAACCUUCUUCAGCUCCGCAAAUACAGCGCAAGGACCAAAACAGAUAUACAAGUCGAUGUUGGGCAGCUGAAUCUUAGUAAUAGCGAGGAAUCCUAUCUAACGCUCCCCUCACCGGUCGGCAGAACGGGAAACUGGAAAAGGUGUUUAUCAGAAUACCACUACCACGUCGAUCCACAGAGCGAGCUUGCGUCUUUGCUUGAACCGGGAGAGCAGUACGCGUUCCAGAACUUCACGGGAUGGGAGCUAGCAGCGGAUGCAUUUUCAUACAUCAAUGAGCAGGGGGAACCAUCAGCACCAGGAGAUAAACAAAAGUUACUCAACCGCAGAGUCAGUGGUCACCCAACCUUCCAUGUGGUGAAGUCUCUCUCUUGGCCCCCAGAGCUUCAAGUCUGGAUGCAGAAGCAUCAAGAUACGAAUAGCAAUCCUGCGCUACUCGACAUUACGGUGACCAACAUGGGGAGUGAAGCCAUCACUGUCCAAACUCACGGUCGUCAACGUUUCCUCACUCCACACGGCGCAUUUCAACCAGAAGAGUUCCAACGUGAUGAUGACCGUCCUCGUAUCAUCGAUCCAGAGAGACCAUCGCCUAAUGACACGAUCCAAAUACUUGACAUUUCCACGAACAAAGUCGUACUCGGAGCGAAGAAACUUAGUGGAUACGUCCAAUAUCAGAUCCAAAAGGACCUUCGGCCGAGGCUAGAUCUCUUAAUAACGUUAAGGCCUGGGGAACCUCUUAUCAGGCAUGUAAAUGUUGGAAGUCUGGUGUCAAACCUGCCGGAUGGGGAAUAUGGUCUUCGGAUGGAACCCAGGGGUAUGUGGUGGUGCAUUGGCGACUGUAAGGACUGGGAUGGGGACCGUGUGCCUCAUGAUCUUUUCUCAACUUUGAUUCCGCCGCUGAUACUAAAGUGCCAAGAUUCUGUAAAGGUAAAGGUGGAAAAUAGAGCUAUUCUACAAUAG